AGGAAAACAGAGGAAAUACAGAGGUUCUUUACUCUUGAAUAUCAUUCCAUCAAAGUUUAGUUAAAGCUUCUUCUAGCUAUCAUAAUCCCACCAUUCCAUUCUUUAUACCUGUAAUAGAGAUUCAGAGUUUCCUUCCAAUUCAAAGACCUAAAAAACUUUGAUCAAUUAAAGAGAUGGUUGAUGCAGUUCUUCGAGUUGUUCUUCAGAACAUUAACUCCCUACUUCAGCAAGAGUUUGGUUUGGUAUGGGGAGUCGAUCGAGAGAUGAGAAGGCUUUCUGACAUCUUAAUUACAAUUCGAGAUGUAUUGGAAGAUGCUGAGAUGAAGCAAUUCAAGGAUAAGGCGAUCAAAAGUUGGUUAAAGAAACUCAAAGAUGCGGCUUAUGAUGCAGACGACAUCUUAGAUGAGUGUGCUGCCAAAGCACUUCAAUUAGGAGAAGAAGCCCAGUUGAGCAACUCCACUUAUAACCAGGUUAGUCACUCUUUCUUAUCUUGGUUCAAUUUUGAACAACUUAUGUUUCGUCGCAAGAUUGGACAGAGAAUUAAAGAUAUUAGAGAGAGAUUUGAUGAUAUUGCUGAAGAGAGGUCCAAAUUUCAUUUGAACCCGCGGGGUAUUGCACUGGAAUGGACUGUUGAAACCAGUGAAAGAGAGACUACCUCCAUUCUAACUGAAUCCCGGGUUUAUGGGAGAGAUGAGGACAAAGAAGAGAUAGUUAAAGUAUUGGUGGACAACAUUAACAACCCAAAUUUACUGGUUUAUCCAAUAAUCGGAAUGGGUGGUCUUGGGAAGACCACACUUGCUCAACUAAUCUACAACGAUGAAAGAGUGAAGAAUCAUUUUGAUGCCAGAAUUUGGGUUUGCGUAUCUGAUGAUUUUGAUGUCAAAAAGCUUACCAAAGCAAUCAUAGAAUCUAUGAGUGGAACUGCUUGUGAUCUCACGGACUUGGAUCCAAUGCAAAGCCGUCUUCGUGAGAUGUUGAGUACGAUGAGAUUUUUGCUUGUACUAGAUGAUGUUUGGAACGAAGAUCAGGACAAGUGGGAUAAGUUGAAAUUUUCAUUGACAUAUGGGAAUGAAGGUUGUUCAAUUCUUGUAACCACUCGUGGUAAAAAAGUAGCAUCGAUCAUGGGCACCUUUCCUACUCACCACUUGAAAGGACUCUCAGAGGAGGAUUGUUGGGCUUUGUUCAAGCAACGUGCAUUUGGCAAUGGCAGAGAGGAGACAGCAAACUUUGUGGUGAUUGGUAAGGAGAUUGUGAAGAAGUGUGGAGGUGUACCUCUGGCUGCAAAGGCUCUAGGAGGCUUAAUGCGCUUCAAAGACACAGAGACUGAAUGGCAAUUUGUGAGUGACAGUGAAAUUUGGGAUCUACCAGAAGACGAAGAAAAUACCAUUUUGCCAGCCUUGAGACUAAGCUACAAUCAUCUGCCCUCACAUUUGAGGCAAUGUUUUUCUUAUUGCUCCAUAUUUCCAAAGGAUCAUAGGAUGUGGAAGGAAAAAUUAGUCCAACUCUGGAUGGCUAAUGGCUUUAUUCCAUCUAAAGGUAAAAUGGAGUUGGAAGACAUUGGGAAUGAAAUUUUUAAUGAGUUACUGUGGAGGUCUUUCUUCCAAGACACAGAAAAAGAUGAUGAUGGCAAUUUAGUACUAUCUUGUAAGAUGCAUGAUCUAGUCCAUGAUCUUGCAUGUUCUGUUAUGAAUAAUGAAUGUUUGAUCUUAGAUCAAACUAACGAGGAACAACAUAGUUUAAUUUCAAAAGGGAUUAGACACUUGUCAUUGAAGUUUGAGUACCGUGGCGCAUCACCAGUGAUAUUCUUACCUUCCAUUACUGAGUCUUUAUGUAAAUCUGAAACCAUACGUACCCUGUUACUAGAUAUGCAGGGGGGACAACAUAAUUUAAUUUCCCCUCAUUUCAACUUCUCAAAUCAUAGAUGCCUACGAGCAUUAGAACUGUGUUUCCACUCUUAUACUCAUCGGCCAUCUUCAGUUUUGUAUGUGACAAACUUGAGGUAUUUGAUACACUUGAGGUACCUGAAGCUCUCCGGUAUGAGUAUUAGGACAUUACCUGAAUCCUUGAGCAACCUAAAACAUUUGCAGACAUUGAUACUAGAGUAUUGUGUAUGUCUUCAAAAGUUGCCUGCAAACAUGAGUACCAUGAGCAGCCUGAGGCACUUGGAUAUUAGUGGAUGUGACUCACUAAGUCAUAUUCCAAUCAGGAUGGGGCGGUUAAUUCACCUCCAGACAUUAAGCAUGUUUAUUGUGGGGAAGAACAGUGGAUGUGGUAUUAGUGAGUUACAAGGUCUGAACAACCUUAGAGGAUCAUUACACAUAAAAGGCCUUGAGAACGUGAAGAAUUCAAUGGAUGCCAAAGAAGCCAAUUUGAUAAGAAAGAUAAACCUUGUUUGGUUAACCUUAUCUUGGUCUCCAAUUAAUUAUAUUGAUCAUCAUCAUGAGAGUCACAUAAUCCAAGAAGAAAAUGCAUCUUCUGAAGAGGUGCUACAAGGCUUACAGCCCCCUGCAAGCAUAAAAACAUUGGCAAUAGAAAACUACCAGGGCAUGAAGUUUCCAAGUUGGAUGGAGGAUUAUUUGUCACUCCAAAAUUUGGUUACUAUCAAACUCAGCAACUGUAAGAGAUGUGAACAUCUCCCGCCUCUUGAGAAUCUGCCACUUCUUAACUUUCUUGAUGUAAGAGGAAUGGAUUCUAUACGAUUCUUGGGUGAUGGGACCCACAAUGGUAAUGGCUUAGUUAAAGGAUUCCCACUGCUGGAAGACCUAUACUUAGAAAAUAUGCCAAAUUUAGAAGGAUUGUUUUUGAAUGUUCCAAUUGAUCAAGGAAGAGAAGUAGUAGUACUCCCUUGCCUAAUGAAAAUGAGAAUUACAAAUUGUGACAAGUUGACAACCCUCCCAUUGCUCCCGUCUCUUCAAUCUUUAUCUCUACAAACAGAGGAAAAUGAAAACUUUCAAGAAGGGCUGAUACAAAACCGAAACCUCCCCGUUCUUCAGGAAUUGAGUUUUUACUACUGCAACAAGCUCAUCACAUUGCCAACAUUGUCUUUUAGACAAGGGGCAUUAGGCUUUACCUCUGUUAGAGACUUUCAGGUUCGAGGGUGCAAUGCUAUGAAAUCUUUGUGGGAGGAUGAGACCCAAUUCCAAGGGUUGAGCUCUUUAAAGGCAUUAUCGAUUGGAGGUUGUGAAAGAUUAGCAUCUCUAUUAGGGAUUAGAUAUUUAACAGCUCUCGAAAAUUUGACUAUUGAUGGUUGCCCAGAGCUGGAAAUUUCCCAAUUGGAGGAUUUCCGACAUCUCACUUCUCUUCAAAAAAUACAGUUUGUUAACAUGUAUCAGCCGAUCUCUUGGCCAGAGAAGUUGAAACACAUUACAAUGCUGCAAAAUCUACGUAUAAGUUGUUAUGGAGGGUUGACUGCGUUGCCAGAGUGGAUCCACAAUCUCACCUCACUUCGCACCAUAGAAAUUGUGUGUUGUCGAAAUCUUACUUUCUUGCCAGAUGGUCUUCGACAAUUGACAGCCUUGCAAACUCUGAUAAUACAAGAAUGUAACACUGUCUUAGAGACACGAUGUAAAGAAGGAGGAGAAGACUGGCACAAGAUAUCUCACAUUCCCGAGGUCAUCAUCAGCUCAAGGCCACGACCAACGCCCAUGAGACAAAACCGUGGAUGUUGGGGUUGGCUCUUGGAGAUGAGGAGGAGUUAUCCUCAGUUCACAAAUGCUCAUGUCUUGGGUCGCAGGAUAUGGAAGCAGGGGUGCUCUCACUCGGUUGAGGGAACGGAGAGCUUAGCAAUAAAGGAAGAAGCUCUACAGCAUGCCCAAUAUUUAGGAAUCACCAAAAACAGAGGUGCUCUCACUAGUUGGCCCUGGCAGCUUACAGAGGCACUAUUUUCCUAUCUUUGA